AACAGUGCGGCGUGAACAUGGGGAAGCAAAAGAAAACACCGAAGUAUGUGACCAUGAAGCGAAUGCUUAGUCUCAGAGAUCAGAGGCUUAAGGAAAAGGCUAGAUUAAAACCGAAAAAGAAAGAAAAGAAAGAUCCCAGUGCACUCAAGGAAAGAGAAGUCCCCCAACACCCUUCCUGCUUAUUCUUGCAAUAUAACACACAACUGGGCCCAAGCUGUGGAUCUUACCACAUCCUGGUCGAUACCAACUUUAUCAACCUUUCCAUUAAAGCCAAACUGGACUUAGUGCAGUCAGUGAUGGACUGUCUGUAUGCCAAGUGUAUCCCUUCUAUAACUGACUGCGUAAUGGCUGAAACUGAGAAAUCGGGGCAGAAGUAUCGAGUGGCUCUAAGGAUUGCCAAGGAUCCAAGAUUUGAACGAUUACCAUGCACACACAAAGGAACCUAUGCAGUUGACUGCUUAGUACAAAGAGUAACUCAGCACAAGUGUUACAUUGUGGCCACAGUUGACUGGGACCUUAAACAAAGAAUCCGGAAGAUCCCUGGAGUUCCCAUCAUGUACAUUUCUAACCAUAGGUACAACACUGAGCGGUUGCCAGAUGAUUAUGGCGCCCCUCGGUUCUAA